GUCUUUCAUCUUGAAGCGUGUAGUGACGGUCCAGUUGUCCUAGCAGCGCAAUGGCGAGCUUAAUAACCGAAAUGUUGACAGAAACCGCAGCGGCUCUUCGCUUUGUGAAGUCAGUCCACCACAGACGCUUGAGCUGGCUGUCUGCAUGUGGAGGAAGAGGCCGAUACUUGUCUGUGAGUCACAGGAGUAUGGCGAGAACAGCUUCAAGUCGAUGGGAGCCUAAAGAAAAAGUGCACAUCCCAGGACUGGAGAAGGUCACCUAUGGAGAAAAGAUGCAUUACGUCCCGGGGCUUGCUAAACCCAUUUACCCGGAGUGGAGCAGGGACUACACCGACCCCCGGCAUUAUAAGUCUCCCCCUGUUGAGGAGAUGCCUUUGUACAAGCAGAAGGAAUGUUAUAUGUUCCAUCAGAGGACCAGCCUACUGGAAGGUGUUCGUCAGGCUCUUUGGUUAACAAAAAGCAAGGUAAUCUCUGGUUUACCACAGGAGCUUCUCUCCCUGGCAGAAAGUCCUGCUAAUCAGCUACCCAAUCAGGACAGUCGUGUUCAGAACGCCAUCAAACACGCCCGAUUCUGGGACACAACCCAAGAACGACCACCUAGAGUGAAAUACAGCAACACACUCCUCUUCAACCUGCUCCAUCUUUGUUCCAAUCUCCAGUGCACUCAUCCGCUGACGAGAAGGAGAAUGAUUGCUGAGAAGUGCUCAUUCGCAGCAUCGUGGACAAGAGGCGACGACCUGUUCCAGAUUCGGGGUCAAAAUGGUUUAGUGUAUAACAGCAUGGAUCCUCUCACAAGAGUUUCUGGAACACAGGAAGUGUCCGCCACAGCAGAUCAUACCCUUGAAACCUUCUAUCCCGUGUCGCCUACGGUGGACUUGCAGAAAGUGCAUGUGUACAAGGAAGACGUGAACUGCACAGGUUUUGGAGAUAAAUAUUUUUUCCCUCACGCCCACACACUUUACUUUUUGGAAGACGAGGAUGUUCGCUGUAAGCUUCGCCCUGAGCAGUUCAGAGCCAAGAUGAUCAUGUUCCUGUUUGGAUCUGCUCUGGCACGUGCACACAAACUGUUUGGGGCCAAGACUAUGUGUGUGUUAGACCAUCCUAUUACAGUACAGGCAGUGGGGACCAAUGGCAGAAUCUUCCAGUUCAUGGUUUUCCAGCUCAACACUACAGAUCUGAGACAAGACGACGGCAUCAAGAACCAGGUUUGGCUGGAUGAAGAUGUCGAGCUCUACGAUUUUGCAAAAGUCCGACCACUCAUCAAAAAGAAAGAAGUGAAGGUUCCAGCCGGUCUAGCAGGAUAUAAGGCAGAGACCUUCUCCAAGUUCCUUGCCCUGUACCUUCACGGCACGGUGUAGCCCUAAGACCCCAGGUACUAAGUGUAAGUCAGUGUUUGCAAUGACAACAAUGUCACGUGUGAAGACUGCCAUACCAUUGAGUCAUCACAAAUACACUCUUGGCCAAAAGUA